UGCCAUGCAAUUUCAUGUGAAAUUUUGGCCAUUUAUUAUCGCACACAUUUUUGGGUAAUUUCCAUCUCAAUCAAUACAUCUAUAUAAACCCUCUUAUCCCAUCGUAUUUCCCAAACCUUGUAAAUUCUAAUUACAUCUUAUCUCAAAAUAUAAUCAAUGGCGAUUGCAACCAUUACCAUGCCAUUCAGCAGCAGGGCUUUGAAGCUCAGCCUGCCCCGCCGCCUCCGCCCCAAGCCAAACACCGCCACCCCUCCACCGCCAAACGAUGAUAUUGAUAUCGCGCGGCGCGGCAAAGAAGACGAGUUCCGGCGGGUUUUCCGCUUCUUGGACGCCGACAACGACGGAACUAUCUCGGCGGACGAGCUAACGGCUUACUUCGCGGCCGUCGGCGAUUCGGUGUCGCGCGAGGAGGCGGAGAGGAUCAUCGGAGAGUUCUCGAGAGGUGGCGAUUUGCUGCUGGAGUUUGAAGAGUUCGUGAGGGUGAUGGAGCUGCGGGAAGGCGGCGACGGCGAAAUUCUCCGGCGGGCUUUCGAGGUGUACGAGGAGGAGAAGGGCAGCGGGUGCAUUACGGCGGAGGGGCUGAGGCAGGUGCUCCGCCGCCUCGGCGACGUGAAAUCCGUACGGGAAUGCAAGGCCAUGAUUCGGGCCUACGAUCUUGAUGGCAAUGGAGUGCUUGAUUUCCAUGAAUUUUGUAAGAUGAUGAGUUAGAUAUAAUAUAUUAUGUGUUUCAACUUGUUUUAUUCAAUUAAUUAAGGCUAAAAAAAUGUGGCAACAACAUAAGUGUAAUUAAUUGUAAUAGCUAGUAACUGAGUGAUCUUUUAUUUCAUCUUCAUUUCUAAUAUUGGUGUAGUUAAGUACUUUUGGGCUGAA